AUGGAUGUCAUCGGCACAGCAGUGCUUUCGCCGCCUGCACUGUGUCACACCCUCUCACUUCAUUCACUUCAUCUCACAUGUCAUGCCAUUGCGGUGAAUUCGGGCCCUCGCAUUCGCACAGGCAGUGAUAUGCGGGGUGUCGACAUUAUCUGUGCUCAAGGUGGCGAAGCUGGAGGUCACACCGGCGACAUCCCAAGCAUGGUGCUUCUACCAGCGUGUGCCGACAUCUGCAAGCAGUAUACCUCACCUCUGACUGGCAAGCCUGUCACUUUGGUAGCCGCUGGCGGUAUCAACGAUGGCCGAAGUGUCGCAGCUGCGUUGAUGCUUGGUGCAAGUGGAGUAUGGGUCGGCACUAGCUUCAUCCCUUCUGUCGAGUCCAAGGCGCCAGAGAACUGGAAGAAGCAGAUAAUCGAGGCUGGCUAUGAUUCUCUGGUCAAGCUAACAAUCUGGUCCGGUCGGCCACUACGAGCAAUGAGAAAUCCUUAUCUCGAUCACUGGGACAAGUACCGGCAAGCGGAAAUCGCCGAGCUGACCUCGAAGGGUAUUGUGCCUCUAGAGUAUGAGCUCGACAAGCUGUACAAAGAGGGUACCCUUACAGAUGAGAUUGAGGAAUCAGCCGCCUUGAGACCUGCUGGCAUUGUGGUCGGCUCAGUGAAUAAGGCGAAUCAAACCGCAGCUCAGAUCGUGCGUGAAAUGGUGACCGAAGCUGCAGAGUCACUAUCGGGAGCAAAGAAUCUUGCGAACACUGCCGCAGCAAAGCUGUAG